AUGGCAGCGCAAGUGCCUACUUAUGAGUGCACAUUGAGUCCAGAACUACAGGAAAAGGCAAGACUCGAACUGAACGAAUCCCCUGAGACACGUGACGCUGGUCUGAAAACACUAUUUGAUAUGAUUACAUCACGGGAUGACAUCAGGUGUCCAAUUGAUGCGGUUUUCCUUCUGUGUUUCCUUCGAGCUCGCAAGUUUAACAUUAAAAGGACUUUCAAAUUGCUGGAACGUUGGUGUAAAAUGAGAUCUGAAUUGGUGGAAAUCUUUGGAAAUUACAAACCGUCAAGCGUGAUGGGAUUAAUAGAAAGCGGGGUGUUUGUCAUACUCCCAUCAGCUGAUCCAGAAGGAAGACCCGUUGCCAUAGAUCGUCCAGGUAAAUGGGACGUAACAAAGUACACAGCGUGGGAUUUUGUGAAAGUUGAAAUGAUGAUGUGUGACCUGCAAUUGUGGAAUGAAGAAACUCAGAUAAAUGGGUUCGUGGAUAUAUUCGAUAUGGAAGGAUUCGGACUUCAUCACAUGACACAAUUUGGACCUCGUUUUGUGAUAAAAACAACUCCUCUGAUGAACGAGGAUACUCUGCCCCUACGAAUAAAGGGUAUACAUGUUGUUAAGGAAUCGGGUCUGUUCGACGGCUUGUAUAAAUUAUUCAAACCUUUCUUGAAAGACAAAAUCAAAAAAAGGUUGCGUGUUCAUGGUAAAGAUAUAACAAAUCUACACAGCGUUUUACCCACGUCUAUUCUGCCUCCUGAGUACGGUGGAUCAUACAGUGCUGGUAUCGAUGACAUUGUCAGGGACUGGGCACAGCAACUCGGGGACAAAGAAGAGUUUUUCAUUUCAAUGGAAAGAUAUGGUCUCAAAAAAACUAAAAAGAAUAAAAAAGGAGCUGCCGGCGGGGCUUGUUCAUAG